UGAGAAGGGACAAGGGAAGAAACCUCAACUAUUCCCCUUAGUUCAUGUUGUCUCUACAAUUUACAAUUGUAUAUGUAGUGCUACCUGAAUUAAAUUCUGGCAACUAAGCUCAUGCAGUGCUUAAGAUUAAAUGGGAUAUAAUGGAAAUGCAGAUGAGAAGUUCAGGGAUAUUCCUGGGAGUGCCUAUUAUGUGGCUCCGGAGGUGCUGAAGCGGAUAUAUGGAGCCGAUAAUUGCAUAUGGAGUGCUGGAGUUAUACUCUACAUUCUGCUGUCUGGCAUUCCUCCUUUUUGGGCAGCAGGGCAGGUGCGUUCUCUGGCUGGUUAUGUCAAUCAAUUUUGGGGCUGUGAUGGAUGCAAAGACUGGAAGAUCCUCCUGUGAAGCAUAAAUUUCAUUGUAUCCAAGGAGAUAUCAAAUGCUGAAAACAUGGGACUCAAAAUGUAUAGAGAGUCGGAGACACUGCUAAACUGUCAUUUAUGGGUGUCUACCAAAUUCACUAUCAACCACUGUUGUAGGACCGGCGGUAUGUUAAAAUUUAUUUUGGUUUUAUUAGUCCAUGUAGAGAUGCUAUG